AUGGGAAUUGUAAUUGUGGCAAUUAUCAGUGCUGUUUUGGCCUAUUUUGUGUAUUAUGCUAACUCGAUUUGGAAAUAUUUUCGGACUUAUGAACAUGCGAAGAAAGUGAGUUUUUUGGGGGGAAAAUUUUAAUUUUUCAUGAAAAAAGUGCAGAAAAAUCAAAGUUCUUGAACUAUUUUUUAUCAGUUUUCCUUUUUUUUCUCCAAAAAAAAUUAUGCUUUGUAGUUUGUAUCAAAGAACAUUUUUUCACCAAAAAAAUUAAAUUUUUUUGUUUUUUUGAAACAGUGAUUUUUUGAAAAUUAAUUUUCAUUCACAAAAAUUUUGAGUUUGUUUUUCUCAAAACUCUAAUUUUUCCGCCAAUUUUCCAAACUCAAAAAGUUCAGAAAAAUCAAAGUUCUGCUUCUCAAUUUGUUCAUUUUUUAUCAAUUAUCAAAUUUUCUGUAGAUAAUUAAUUAUCAUUAAUUAAUUAAUCAACUCGUAGGUACAAAAAAACCGUGGUUUUUUGAAGUUUGGUUGAUCAAAACACAAAUUUUAAAGUUAUUUUUUGCCAUAUUGAUUCUUGAAAAUAGAUUGUAUUAGAGAUCGGAACAAAUGAAAAUCUCGAAAAUUAUUAGAUUUCUUUGAAACAGUGAAUUUUUGAGAGGAAUUUGAAACAUCGUGAUUCUGGUGAAUAAAAAUUUUUGUAUCAAGAAAAAUUACUGUUUCAAAAAAAUCUCCUAAAUUUUUGUAAUACGCAACUUUUUGAUAAACGGAUUUUGGAAGUAACAAUUCAUUUGAAUAUAAUUUUCUCAAAAUUCAGAAAAUAAAUAAUUAUUUGACAAAAAACUGCAAUUUAAAAUUUUCUUUUGAAAAAUUUCACUGUUUCAAAAAAUCUAAUAAUUUCGGAUAUUUUUAUAUAUUUCAUUAAAUUAUUAUAUCUUCCAAAAGUCCUUGUGUCAAAAGUUUCAGAGAAUAUUUUUGGAAAUUCAAAUUCACCAAAACUUCAAUAAUUCGAUGAGAUUUAAAAAAUCUGAAAUUCUUAAUUGUUCAAGUUUUAUGCCCACAAGAAAAUUUCACUGUUUCAAAAAAAUCUAAUAAUUUUGGAGAUUUUCCAUUGUUUCGAUUACUUUUUUGGUGUCCGAAAAUCCACAUAACAAAGCAGAACCUGAAAAAUUUUUGUGAAUCAAAAUUUUUGUUUUGAAAAUUAUCCAGAAAAAUCACUGUUUCAAAAAAAACAAGCCCAAAAUUUUCACUGUUUCAAAAACUUUUAAUAAUUUUGGAAUUUUCAAAUAUUUUGAUUCAUCUGCUCAUUAUCGGAAAUCCCAGAUAAACUUUAUUUGAAAUUAAAAAUGUUCACUGUUUCAAAAAUCCCAUGAAUUUUUGAAAUACAAAAUUUUUUGAUGCAAUUGUUGAUGGGGCUAAAAUUUCACUGUUUCAAAAACUUUUAAUAAUUUUGAAGACAUACAUUUUUAUAUUAAACUGGAUUUGCAUACCACAAAACAAAAAAACAAUCUGCAAAUCCUGAAAACUCUUCCAAAAUGUCUCAAUCUUUCCAGAUUCCCGGUCCAGAAAUCCAUCCAAUUUUCGGAAAUGUUCCCUCAUUAAUCAAUUCAACAACAGCUGAUUUGGGUGGAAUUUUCAAAAAUUGGGCAAAAAAUCAGCGAGAAAAAGGAGAUCAAAUAAUGCGAAUGGUAUUAUUUGGAAAUAUGUAUGUUUGGCCGUUGAAUGGAAAAACUGUGGCAAAAAUAUUGGAUUCGACAACUGAAUUGAAUAAAGGAGAUGAUUAUUCGUUUUUUGAUCCAUGGUUGGGCGGUGGACUUUUGUUGGAGUAAGUUGUUUUUGGGGCUGGGAGGGGGAGAGGGUGAAAUUUGGAGAAUUUUGGUGUAAAUUGCAAAAUUUUUAGUGAGAUUUGAAGAUUUCUGAGAUUUUCCAACAAUUUUGAAACUUGUGUAAAAAAUUCUGUGAAAUUUCACUGUUUCAAAAUACUUUUGAAUUUCUGAAGUCGAUUUGAAAACGAUCGAAAUUAAUUUUAAAUUUUAUGAAAAAUAAUUUUCAAUAACUUAUAAAAAUCUACUGUUUCAAAAUUUUGAUUCAAAAAAUUGUGUGAAAACUUCGCCGAUUCUUUAAUUUUUCAUACCUUUCAAAAUAUUAUAAAUGUUUUCUAUUAUGAAAAAUUUACUGUUUCAAAAUUUUUAUGAAGUUUUUUCAUCGAUGAAGUUUUUCAUUACCCAGAAGUAAUGUGUUGUGAAAAUUUGACUGUUUCAAAUUAUUCAAAAAAAAAAUCUUUGUGGUAAAUGUUUAAUCUUGAUUGGAUUCUGAAUUGGAAUUGUUGUUUAGCGCACAAAAAAUAAAAAAAUAAAUCCCACAAAAAAUACGUUUCGAAAUUUCAUUUGAUUUGAAAGGUUUUCGAAUAAAUUUGAUUACGCCAAAUUUUCUAUUGAUUCAUUCUUAAAGACAAAUCUCUGAAAAUUUACUGUUUCAGAGUUUUUAUAAAUUAUUGGGAUAGAUUGAUUUUCAAUUUGUUCUUACAACAAAAAUUUGAAAACAAAACAUAAAUUCACUGUUUCAAAGUGUGCAUUAAAUAAUUUUUUUUUGAUUUUGGAGUCACGUUUUUAUUCGAGGAAAAAUGCACUGUUUCAAAAUUUUGUAUAAAUUUUAGGCUGGCAAAAAAUUACCCGAAUACACUCAUUUCAGAAAUGCUCAAAAAUGGCUUACCCAUUUACACUACACGUUUUUAGAAAUGAUGCCUGUUUACACUAUUUUUAUUUAUAAGGCUACACUUUUACACCUUUACACUUUUACACUAUUUUUCUGGAAAAGAGUUGUUGAAAGAGCCGAAAUAGACUGAAAAAUAGUGAAAAAACAGUCAUUAUCUGAGAAUUAGCAGAGCCAAAGCAUAACAUCACAGAGAAAUUGAUAAUUCAAUGUUUUUUGUUCUGUUCAAGUCUGAAAAUCAGAGUUAUACUAACCCAAAUGCCAAGAAAUGUGACUUCUUCAUUUUCUAAACAGGUUUUUAUAAUCCUUUUUCAUUUUCUGAAACUAUUUAUUAUUCGAAAAAAAACCUUUUUCUUACUCUAAAAUCCUUUAUUUUCGAACAGAACUCUUUUAUUCACUUUAGGAAACCAUUGGUCUGUUUCGACAUUGAGAUUUUGACAUUUAUUUUCUUUUUUCCAAGCCGGAGCAAAAAUAGUGUAUUCGUGUAUUAUUGUAAAAAUGUAUGUAGUGUAAAAGUGUAAGUGUAUUCGGGCAUUUCUGCAAACGUGUGAAAAUAAAAUUAGUGUAUAGAAAUACCCGAAUGCCUCAUUUUUGUCAGCCUAAUAAAUUUCGAAAAAUAUCAGAUUUUUCAAUGAUUUGAUAUUAUUAUAAUGAAAAUUUAACAAAAUAACUUUGUAAAAAUUUACUGUUUCAAAAUUUUUUUGAAUUAUUGGAGGAUUUUUAAUUUGCAAUUAAUUUCGACUACUCAAAAGUUCACUGUUUCAAAAAUUUGUGAAAAUUGAAGAUUUCAAAAUUUUAUUAUUAAUUCCUCGAAAUUAUUUUCACUGUUUCAAAAAUUUUAUUGAUUUCUUGAAGAUUGUUUUCUAAUUAAUAGAUCCAAAGUGAAUUUUUUUUUGAACACAUUCAAAUAUUCUUUCAGAAAUGGCGGUGAUCGUUGGCGUUCUCACCGUAAAAUGCUCACACCAACAUUCCACUUUGCAAAACUCGAAGGAUAUUUCGAAGUGUUCAACACGGAAUGUCAAAUUCUCAUCGAACAAAUCGAAAAAUUCGCAGAAUCUGGAGAAAGUUUCAACAUUUUUCCGUUUGUCAAACGAUGUUUGUUGGAUAUAAUUUGUGGAACUGCAAUGGGCACCAAAAUCGAUGCUCAGAUUAAUCAUGAACACAAAUAUUUGCAUGCUGUUGAGGGUUUCAAUCGAAUGUCUGUUAUUUAUUCGUUUACACCUUGGGUUCGACAUCCAUUGCUUUUCAAACUUUUGGGAUAUCAGAAACAGACCGAGGAUUAUUUGACUACAAUGAAAGGAUUUACUGAGAAGGUGGGAAAAUUUUAAGAGGGGAGGGGGAGAAUUUUCAAAAAAGUGUUUAUUGAAAAGUUUUUCUGAAAAUAAUUUUUGAAGAUUUGAUUUUGUUGUUAGAAAUUUACUGGUUCAAAUUUGUUUCAAGUUUUCAUGGCCUAGAAAUUCAAAAAUUAGUUAUUUUCCUGAAUAAUCCCUGAAAAUUCGCUUCAGAAAUUUCACUGUUUCAAAAAUUGUAUAAUUUUCAAAGACAUACAGAAGAUUUUAUUUUGCAGCUAGAAACACUCCAAAAAAAUUUUAUAAGUUCACUGUUUCAAAAUUUGCAGAAGUUUUUAUGAACUAGAAAUUCGAAGCUAUGUUCUUGAUUUCUGGAUGAUAAAAUUUGAAAAGAAAAUUUCGCUGUUUCAGAAUUUUAAUAAUUUUUGAAGUCAAACACAAAUUUUGAUUCGGUUGCUAAAUUUGCAAAAGAAAAUUCACUGUUUCAAAUUUUCUACAAGUUUCAUGGCCUAGAAAUUCAAUACGAGAUAUUGGUUUUCUAGGUCAUGAUCUGGAAUUUUGAAAAUAAACAUUGUGAAUAUUUUUCUGUUAACUACUUAUUUUCCUAGAAAAUUCCCUGUAAUUUCAUUUUUUUUGCUUUACAAACAAUUUUUUGCUGUUAGAAAAUUUCGCUUCAAGAAAAAUUCACUGUUUCAAAUUUCUCAUAAUUUUUGAAGACAAAUAUACACUCUUAUUCAGAUGUGGAAUUCCAUAAGAGUGUCUAUUCCGGAAUAACAACAAAAAACAGGAAAAAAUUCACUGUUUCAAAUUUUUUUCAAGUUUUUUGGUUUUUUAGGUCACAAGAUUUGAACGAAAAUAAAGUUGAAUUUAAAAAAAAAUUAAAAUCCCAAAAAUUUAAUUUUAUAAAAAUUCACUGUUUCAAAAUUUUCAUAACUUUUAAAGGAAAUCAGAAUAUUUGAUUCAGCUUUGAUAAAUAGAACACUACAAAAAAAAUAAUUCACUGUUUCAAAAAUAUUACAAUUUUUUCUAAAAUUAGUCCAUUCAAUGUGGCUUUUAAUUAUUGGGCUUUAAAAAUUUCGCUUCAAGAAAAUUUCACUGUUUCAAAAUUUUUAUAAUUUUCAAAGGAGAACAACAUAUUUGAUUUGGCCCUGAAGAGUACUUUAAAAACUUUUGAAAAAAUGCAUUUAAUAGAAUUUUAUUUUUAGGUAAUCCGCGAACGCCGCGCGGCUCACGCAUCCGGUGAAAUCGAAAUCAACACCUCAAAACGUAUGAUGAACUUCCUAGAUCUUCUCCUAAGCCAAGAAGAUUCAAAUAAUCUUUCGGAAGAAGAUAUUCGACAAGAAGUUGAUACAUUUAUGUUUGCUGGACAUGAUACAACAACUUCAGCUUCAUCUUUUGCUCUUUGGAAUAUUGCUCAUAAUUCAGAUGUUCAACAAAAGAUUUAUGAAGAAUUGGUUGAAGUUUUUGGAGAAGAUCCAAGAACUGAUGUGACUUUGGAAAAUAUUAGUAAACUUGGAUAUUUGGAUAAAGUUUUGAAAGAAUCAAAAAGAAUUAUUGCUCCAGUUCCAGCAGUUCAAAGAAAAUUAAAAAAUGAAUUGGAAAUUGAUGGAUAUAUUAUUCCACGUGGAUCAAAUAUCACAAUUGCUCCAAUUGUUCUUCAUAAUAAUGCUGAUGUCUUUCCAAAUCCUGAUGUUUUUGAUCCCGAAAGAUUUUCCCCUGAGGAAAUAUCCAAAAGACAUCCCUAUGAUUUCAUUCCAUUUUCUGCUGGCCUCAGAAAUUGUAUUGGACAGAAAUUCGCACAACUCAAUGAGAAAGUGCUAAUUUGCCAUAUUUUGAGGAAUUUUGAAAUUGAGCCAACUUUGAAAUGGAAUGAAACAAUUCCAUGUGUUGAAGUUGUUACAAAACCAUCGAAAGGAAUUCCAUUGAAAUUGAGACGAAGAUAA